UCCAUGGCCGGGGAGAUGCCGCGGGGGGAGCGCACGCUGCGGCUGCAGCACGGCAGCCGCAUCGAGGCCCUGUGCGUGCUGGGCGGCCACGUCCGCGCCGACGUCUUCGGGGCGGCCCCCGCCGGGGCCGUGGCCUUUGGCGUGAAGCACACCGAGGGGGUCAGCGUGGACGUGCUGUUCCGGGGCCGCGCCGAGCCCGAGGCCGUGCCCGGCGCUGGCACGCGGUGGCCGCUGGACGAGGGGACGGUGCUGAGGUUCAGCAUGAGCCGGGCCAGCUCCGAGGUCAACGACAACAAGGUCACUGUCAGCUUCUUCGCAGAGGGAGGGAAGCCCAUCAACCAAGCCGGGGUGUUCCUCACCGGCGUCGGGAUCUCCCUGGAUGUGGACGCGGAUCAGGACGGAGUGGUGGAGAAGAACAGCCCCAACAAGGCGAGCUGGGCCUGGGGACCGGAGGGCCACGGAGCCAUCCUGCUGGUCAGCUGUGACAAGGAGUUCCCCUUCAUCCCACCCUCGGACUGCGGCCACGAGCAGGUGUUCAACAGAGAAGAUCUGCUGGACAUGGCUCAGAUGGUGCUGAGGACCGAGGGGCCCCAGCGCUUGCCCCGGGGCUACGAAAUCGUCCUCUCCAUCUCUGCCAACGACGCCGACAAAGUUGGGGUGUUCCAUGUGCAGAAUCCCUUCUUUGGGCAGCGCUACGUGCAGGUGCUGGGCCGCAGGAAGCUGUUCCACGCCGUGCCCUACCCCGGCGGGGCCGCCGAGCUCAACUUCUUCGUGGAGGGGCUCCGCUUUCCCGACGAAACCUUCUCGGGGCUGGUGUCCAUCCACGUCAGCCUCCUGGAGCCGCUGGCUGAGGGCAUCCCGCACUCCCCGAUCUUCACGGACACCGUGGUGUUCCGGGUGGCACCGUGGAUCAUGACCCCCAGCACGCUGGCCCCGGUGAACCUCUUCGUGUGCAGCAUGAAGGACAACUACCUGUUCACCAAGGAGAUCCAGACGCUGGCGGCCAAGGCCGGCUGCAAGCUGAAGGUUUGCUUCGGCUACAUCAACCGCGGGGACCGCUGGAUGCAGGACGAGAUCGAGCUUGGCUACACCCACGCUCCCCACAAGAGCUUCCCAGUGGUGCUGGAUUCCCCUCGGGAGAGAGGGAUGGAGCAACUCCCCAUCAAGGAGCUGCUGGGCCCCGAUUUCGGCUACGUGCACAAGGAGCCCCUCUUUGAAGCCACGGCCAGCCUGGACUCCUUCGGGAACGUGGAGGUCAGCCCGCCCGUGUCCGUGGCCGGGAAGGAGUAUCCCUUGGGAAGGAUCCUCAUCGGCAGCAGCUUCCCUGCGUCCGCCGGCCGGAGGAUGACCGGGCUGGUGCGGGAUUUCCUCUACGCCCAGCGCGUCCAGGCUCCCGUGGAGCUCUACUCCGACUGGCUGGCCGUGGGCAACGUCAACGAAUUCGUCACCUUUGUCCCCACCUCCGACAAAAAGCGAUUCCGGAUGCUGCUGGCCAGUCCCGCCGCCUGCUACCGGCUGUUCCGGGAGAAGCAGAAGGAAGGCCAGGGACAAGCCACCAUGUUCAAAGGGUACUCGGGGACAGACACGAAACGCGUCACCAUCAACAAGGUCCUUUCCAACGACGUCCUGACGCAGCAGAACCAGUACGUGCAGCGCUGCAUCGACUGGAACAGGGAUAUCCUCAAGAAGGAGCUGGGGCUGCUGGAGGAGGACAUCAUCGACCUGCCGGCCCUCUUCAAGCUGGACAAGCAUGGAAAAGCUGUGCCCUACUUCCCCAACACGGUCACCAUGAUCGUCCUGGCCAAGGACCUGGGCAUCCCCAAGCCCUUCGGCCCCGUGGCGGGCGGCGAGUGCUGCCUGGAGCGGCGGAUCCGGGCGCUGCUGGAGCCGCUGGGGCUGUGCUGCCGCUUCCUGGAGGACGUGGCCUCGUACCACGGCAGCCUGGGCGAGGUUCGCUGCGGCACCAACGUCCAGCGCCGACCCUUCGCCUUCAAGUGGUGGCACUGCACGCCAUAGGCAGCCCUCCUCCUCCUCCUCUGCCUCCUCCUCGUCGUCCUCCUCUCCCUCCUCCUUCUCCUCCCUCCGUCUUUGCCCCCAGCGGCUUUUCCAGCGUGUGUUGCUUGCGAUUUGCUUCAUAAAUGAAUUUGCUGUGAGGAAAAAGCUGGGAAGUUCAAUAAUUGCGGGGAAUAACUGGGGGAGAAAGGGAGGGAAGCCCUCAGAGGGGUGAGGAGGGGCAGGGGUUUUACCGAAAUCCUCCGAAAUUGUCUCUAACACUGGGUUUUUUUUGUGUUGGCGAGUCAGGCAUCACUUAUUCUCGGCCAGGGUUUGUGUGUGGCUGACAGAGCUCCAGCCUCCACAUCAAUACAAAAUAUCUUCACUUAUUUACAUAUUUUUUAACAAAGAAAUUACUGUCCAUUGGUUCUAAUAAUUCUCUUCCCAGAUUAGCAUUCUGUCCACUAUUGGUUAUUGAUUUCUUGGUCUUCAUGCUAAGCUAGGCCACAUUCUUUAGGUUUUUUAUCAUCUUUUUCUCAACUUUUUCUGUUGGGAAUCUCCAUUUUUCCAGGCCUCAGUCUGCUCUGUAUCUUCCAUUUACUCCAUAAAGGGCCAUAAAUUUAAGGUCCCAGAUGUCCAAUCUUCGAAUCCCUUUGGCUUUGUUGAAGCUUGUCGGGGUUAGUUUUAACAAACUCAAAGUUUUGGUGACUAAAUGAUCAAAAUAGGAGUAAGAGUCUGUGAAGAAGUUUAACUUGUGCUGGCUAGAAGUGGGCACUGCUUAUGAGGAAUUAAAACAAAUAAUUAAAAAUUA